AUGUCAAGGCUCAGUCCCGAACUCCUCCUCCAAAUUGUCCUUCUAUGCGACGGCGCGACGUUCAUCUCGGCUCUGUGCGUCUCUGAUCUGUAUCAGCUGUUGACACCGAGAGACCUCACAAAGAGGUUCGCUCACAAAGCCAAGUUGGGGGCAGUCAAGAGCCUUUCCAUAGUGCCGGAAGAACACCUGCUUGUAUUUGUCGAUGAGUGGACUCGAGUGAAUCACUUAGAAAUCUCACCCAACUCUGAACAUCUCGGUGUGGCGUUAGCUCUGAUCGGGCGGGUGGACGCUUUUUCGCUCAUGUCGACACGGGGUUUCCAGAUCGACCUGGGGAGGGAUCCGGACGAUGGCGUUUCUUUUCGGCAUACGUUGGCUGACAUUGCUGUCGUAAGAGAGCACGUGGACCUGUUCAAGCACCUGACGGACUUCUAUCCCCCGUCCCUCGUUCAUAUCAACCGUCUGCUUUAUUGCGUCUGUGAGCAGAACGGCGACUUGGACAUGAUACGACAUCUCCACGAGGAGUGUGGGGCCGAUCUUCUGCAGCAAGACGGUCCCAUAUGGGUAGCGAGAGUAGCAGGGCACCGGGACGCCAUCAUGUAUAUUUUGGACAGGGGAGGGAAUAUGAGCGAGGCUUUCAAUCAGUGCUGUGGGCGAGGUCACCUCGCCCUUGUCGAGGAGCUCAUGUCGAUGGGCGCGGAGGUCGUCCCGGAAGCGCUUGCGAACGCUGUUGGAUGGGAGCAGAUAGAAAUUGCAACGCUCCUUUUGACGACAGAUGUGGACGUGGAGUCAUCGGAGGUGCAGAAUGCUCUCCAGUGGGCGAAGGAGACCCGGCGGACAGAGAUCGUCGCGUUAUUCGCCAUUGACGAUGCAGAGAGAAACCUGGCUACGCAAAGAGAUCAGGUGUCUCGGUGA